AUGGUUCGACAGAGGAGACCGGAGGAAGCGGGUAAGGACCACCAGGAACUAAAGCAAGAGUAUGAACGAGAGAAAGCACUAAGACGCCUCCAGAGGGACCAGCUCAAGGCCUUCCCAGAAAAUGGUGGCGGUCAGCUAUACGGCUUGUCCCCAUUACCGCAGCCGUUUGCCUUGCCCGAGGUGAUGACCAAGAAGCCUAGCUACCAUCAGCUGCAGCCUCCACCGGCACCUCCCUCCCCACCGGCGUGCUUUAAUACAUACCGUAUGGAGAUUCCUCCCGCUAUACUAUUCUCGUCACCCUUCACGGGCGGCGGACACUACCCACAGGGGCCCAGCGGGUACUCUGUACCACCUGGUAUCAACCCUAUGAGGCACCACGUACCACAACCGACACAUUACCACAACCCUAAUAUGCAUCCCGGCCCACGACUACCGCCUAUGGGGGAGGGGUAUCGUCCUCAUCAGUGGGAAGUGCCCAUGGACAGAAUGCCUGUUGACCAGGUGGCAAGGCAAGCCAUGGCGCACUAUCAUCAUCAGUACCAGCCCAUGCCCAUCGAGCCCUAUCCUGGACCCUACCCGCAACAACGUUAUAUAAGACAACACUAUCCUCAUCAUGGAAGGAUGAUGCCGAUGAGACCUGUAGGGUAUCCACAACAGGGACCAGCACAGCCAAUGCCGGCUAACUGGAGUGCCGUACCACACAGUCAACCGCUGAAUUCCAACGCCCCGCCCUUUGUACAGACCUCGCGCUACCACCCACCACCUCCCACUUCGUACCACGAGGGCCCACUGCCCCCGCCCCCUGGGAUCAUCCUGCCACCGCAACCCCCUCCGGUCCCUCCUGUGGCACCACCAGUACGGAAACCAGGACCUGCUGGGCCACAGGAGCCCGACAGUGGUCUGGGUAUCCUCUGGGAAGAACGCCAACGUACUCCUCCAUCCCCCAUGGGUCGAGUUAUCUACCUUGACGUUACCGGUCGUAAGAGGCUGGAUGAAGAGGACAAGUAUAGUGACGGCAGGCCCAAGCAUCACAGCCAGAGAGGUUUCUUCUGCCCACUUCGGGAGCACCUCUCGAUAACGCGAGUGCCCAGUCUCGUUGAUCCCCAACCAUUGAAGAGGGACGGUGUCGGGUCCCUGGGGUGUUUGCCUAAGGUGGCCUCGCCUGUGUGGCAGUCGGUAAGACUCCUUGGCGAGCCGACGACGGCUACCAUACCGCUGGACGAAGUUUUGAUCGCCCCAUUAGAGCCUCUGAUGCCGCCCGAGAUGUUCGAUGAGAAGAAGGAGAAGUCGGAGCUCUAUCUGUCAUCGAUACGUUCCAAAGGGCGAUACCGUAAGUACCUGUUAGCUCGUGAGUCCCCAUACUAA